GCAGCACCCAACACAGCCGCAGAGCCAAGCACGCAGGAUAUGGGCAAAAAAACAACUUAUUCCCCUGUGAGGCUGGACUGAGAGCAAGUGAACCGGCGCUCAUGCUGAGGCUCUCGGCUGCAGGGAGCCCAGUCAGACUAGAUUUACUGCUAAUCCAGCAUAAGGAGCACGUAGGGACAACCUGCUGGACUUUGUGGUUUUACUUUUUAUUUUCAUUUUCUAACAGGCCUGUUAGAGGGAGUUAUGUUCUGGCCUCUCUGAGGAUGUGAGGAUGCCAUCUUUGCAGGCACGCUGAGAAAACCUGUUUGUGCUGGAACUUCAUGGCCAAAUGUAGAGUUGUGGUGGCCGACGAAAAGCAGUUUAGAGGCACAAUGUCGGCCACUCAGGGGAUGAACCACAGCGGUGUCUACAACUACUUCCUCAACAUGGUGGCCUAUCAGUUAUGCUGUUGCUGUGGACCGGCUCCCUGCUCCCUCUGCUGUGCCUUCUGUCCUCCAGUCAAGUCCUCCACCAGCACGCGGGUCAUGUACACCCUCUUCCACAUCAUGAGCUGCGCCGUCUCCUGCCUCAUGCUGUCCCGCACCGUCUCAGAGCUCGUCAGGGAAAAUGUGCCUUUCUUCAACAUGGUGUGUGACCAGGCGCAUGGCGGAGGCCACUGUGAGAUGCUGGUGGGCUACUCAGCGGUCUACAGAGUCUGCUUUGGCACUUCCUGUUUCUACCUGAUGAUGGCGAUCUUCCUCAUAGACGUGAAGUCCAGUCAGGACUUUAGAGCGCUCAUACACAACGGCUUCUGGUUCCUGAAGUUCAUCACCCUGCUCGGGAUGUGCACGGCUGCCUUCUUCAUCCCAACAGAGUCCUUCCUGCAUGCUUGGCAUUAUGUUGGUGUGGUGGGAGGAUUUGCCUUCAUCCUCAUCCAACUCAUCCUCAUCACAGCUUUUGCACACACCUGGAACAAGAACUGGUUGACCGGAGCAGCAGAGAACAAGCGUUGGUAUCUGGCCGUGAUGUGUGCCACCCUCUUCUUCUACACUAUCGCCACCAUGGCCUUCACCUUCAUGUACAAGUACUACACACACCCGAUCGCCUGCCACUUCAACAAGGUGCUGCUGUGGAUCAACCUGGGACUCUGCGGCCUCAUGUCCUUCAUUGCCAUCACACCGUGCGUGAAGCAGAAGCAGCCCCGGUCAGGGCUCCUUCAAGCCUCCAUCAUCAGCUGUUACGUCAUGUACCUCACUUUCUCUGCGCUGUCCAGCCGCCCGCCAGAGAAAGUGGUUUAUCAGGGCAUGAACAUGACCGUCUGUUACCCCAGUGUGGGACAAGAUGACAUCCAGAAUGAAGGCAACGCGGUGGCCAUAAUUGGAGCUGCCAUCAUGUACUGUUGUGUCCUCUUUGCAUGCAACGAAGCUUCCUACCUGGCAGAGGUGUUCGGUCCAUUUUGGAUGAUCAAAGUUUACCGCUAUGAGUUCCAGAAAGCCACCUGCUGCUUCUGCUGCCCCGAGGAAGAGGAAGCUGAGGAGGAAUUUGUGAUUGACGACGAGAACAAAGGCUGUCAGAAGGUCAUUCACAACGAGACCCUGAGAGUAGCUUACAGCUACUUCUUCUUCCAUUUUGUCUUUUUCUUGGCAUCGCUGUACGUCAUGAUGACCCUCACUAACUGGUUCAGCUACGAGUCAGCAGUGUUGGAGACCACCUUCACCCACGGCAGCUGGUCUACCUUCUGGGUGAAGAUGUCGUCCUGCUGGGCCUGUGUGAUCCUCUACCUCUGGCUGCUGCUGGGCCCUCUGUGUAGCUGUCAGUCUGAAUCCAGACCUCGCCGCUCACGCAUCAAACGCCGCUCAGGGUCCUCCCGCCAUGUCUCUGUCAGCGUCUGACACUCUCUGUGAGGGGCCAGGCAGGAGGGAGGCGGACAGGGCGCACUGUGCACAAGAGGUCAGAUGACUCCGAGCCGCCCUGCGGUGCCCCACAGGAGGGGAGUUUCAGGAAUGGAGGUCACAGGGGUCAGGGGUCAAAGACUCACAGUGCUGUGAGGACCAAUCAGAGGACUCAGUGCCCAGUGCUCUGUUGAUACUGUAUAUGAAGAACUGGAAAAAGUCCUGCUGUCACAGGCUGGACACCAUGAAAUUAAACCAUAACAGGGACUUGAUUCUGGUUUGGAAACACACGUACAGAAUGAAUUGCCAAAGGGAUCAGAAAGGGUGAACUGCACUCUGUAUAAUGUGGAAAUACAGUACAAUACAGUAAGUAGGUGUAAAGAUGGACACAUUUAUGAAUUUUUACUCUUUAGUUAAGUAUUAUUUUACACUUGUGGCUGUAUUUAGACUUAUAAUAGCAUACCAGAGGAGAAAUUCUAGAUAAUACGUGCUGUAGUAUUGCUACAGAGGCACAUGUCCCAAGAAUGUUUUUUUUUUUUUUUAUAUAAAAGAAUCUCCCCUAAAAGAGAAAGCGGUUAGUUCUCUGAUCUUAGACAGGUAGUCAAUGGUUUUGCUAAAAUUUUUACAAAUCUAUACACAAAUCUUUCUCACAGUUGGAAAAAGACAACUGUGUAACUUCAUUUCAGUUGAUUACAAGGGCCGAUUGCAUUACACAGUAAAAACUGAAACAACAACUAUGAAAGAAAUGAACAUAACAUUCAGGCCGAUCAUCCAGCCAGUUCAACUUCAAGAAUCAAAUCUGGUUACCUACUAGUUACAGUACAAGCCUUAAAAAUGUUUUUCAACAUUUUAAGAAAUACACUGCGCCUGGAGGGGAAUAACUCUCCGUAGAAUCAAGACAACAAAGUUUUACAUUUCUGUUUGUGUACAGAUUAAGCAAACAAGAUAUAGCAUGUUAAUUAGUGAGCUUUAGAGGUGGGGCUUUAGUUCUGAGCAGUGCCAGGCUAACUGUAUCGUUUCCAGUCUUUAUGCUAAACUAAAGCUAAUUGACUACCUGAUAUAGCCCGAUUAAUGUGCAUAUAUGAGAGUGGUGUCAUUCUUCUCAGCUAACUCUAGUCGAGAAAGUGAAUACGUGCAUAUCCCAAAAUGUCAAACUAUUAUUUAGGACUUGUAAUAAUGAACAUAUUGCUGCAGCAAAUUAGCCGAAAUCCCAUUUUGAAAUCGCCGCUGAAAUUACAGUGAAUGGAAGUCACGCUGUAGUUACAUAGAAUAAUUGCAUGAACUUUAUUUCAUUUAGUGCUAACAGUUACAAACCAGAAAAUGUACAUACAGAACAAAUUUAAUUGCAUCCUUUUAUAUUAAAUUAUGAAGUUCAUCUCGUAUACCUGUCAAUUAGGCAGCUUAAAGAUUGGUUCUUAUUUCCAGCCAAAGCCAAAGAAAGAUUUGUUCAUGUGUUAAAAUAAAACCUAAAGUGUCCAGGAUGCCGGGAAGAACAGAUCCUCUUCCUCAGUAUUUUCUCUGCAUCUUUUCACAAGAUUAAUUUUAAAUGCUUAGUGACAGAAGGUCUGACAGCGCGAGGCAGCUAAACAGAAAUGUAUGAUGUUCUUCAAAGUUCAGCACAAGAGUUUUCUUAAAUUGUGGCAAAAAUACUUCGCAUUUGACCUACAAUCAAGAACAAGUCGCAUGCUUGCUUUAUGUUGCUUUACAGCACAUCAUUCACUUCUAAAGUCAUUAAUAAUGGCCAGACAGGAUUGAUGCUUGUUUACAUUUUGUUUAUGUCACUCUAUUUUAACCAAGAGUGCUCAAAACUAAAGCUUACUUCCAGAAGGGAUAGAAGCUUUCUGUCUCAUGCCUUCAGAUGAAGUAGUCAUGUCUGCAAAACGCUAAGGUUAACUGUGUUAAAAAAUAGCCCCCCUGUUCCUCAGAUGUUCACGUUUAUAUUUGGAAACCUGGAACUGGUUUCUACAGUGCUCCCCUUUACAGAAGGAAUACUGAGCCGAGUGUCUGUGAGGACUUUUCCUACAGUUAAUGAACAGAAAUCUGGUUCAUAUAUAUAUAUAUAUACACACACACACACUCACACAAUGUAGUGUGUCCGUUGUUGUAGAUGUGAAAUAUUUUGUAAAUACAUUGUUUUCUUACAAAUGCUGCUGUUUUCAUGUCUGGUUUGUUAAACUGUGUGCUGUGUGAUAAAUUGUAAAA